AUGGCCUCACUCGCAAUUCGGCACGUAGCCUUGUCCUCGAAAUCAGCAAAAUCAGCAUUAGGCUAUAUCUACCUAAAAUGUCACGUCAAGCCCGGUGCAAGUAAGCAACGAGAAGGGAUCGUCUCUAUUUCUGAGAAUGUCAUCGAGGUGUGCGUGUCAGCGCAAGCCAGGGAGGGUGAAUCAAAUAAGGCUGUGAGAGAAGUAAUUAGUAGUGUUCUCAAUUGUCCUAAGUCAGAUGUAGAGAUCGUUCGAGGCAUGAAAUCACGUAACAAGACGGUUGCUAUUGAGGGGAUCGAUAUCAAAGGAGACGAGGAGAAGUGUAUCUCUGGAAUUAGGGAAAAGUUCGAGAACGCUGUUGAUGAUUAG